AUGGGCUCGCUUCGGACAUCCCGAGACUAUGGUACCGCCAGAGAUGUCCCAAACUUCUCUGUGCGACGCGCCUCCAUGAUUCGAUCACCCACUUCAUCAUCAGGAAACAAUUCUACUUCAACCUUGGUAAACCCACAUUCGCCCAUUGACGCUUCCGAUAUACAGCCAAUCAGCGAGGAGAGUGGCGAGAUGCCUAUAACGAUAGACUUGGCAAGCCACCGGCAACCGACUUUUAUUCGCGACGAAAUCUCUCGUUCGCCAGGCGUCUCUGAGCUCCCUGGAGACGAUGUACGCACGAGGUCCUCAAGCCACAUCAUUGGGUUUGCAGCGACGACAGAAGACGACAAUGCUACGAUUACGAGUACGGAAGGAACGUCUGAGCCCACACUGAACAUCGCACAAAUGGACCUUGAAACACCAGAGCGUGAGAGGCCUUCAGUACUCUAUCCUGGGUCGGAUCUGAAGCGCGGUCUCGCACCGUCUAUGACCUCUAUGUCAGAGGCUACUUCUCUCUCUACCCCUCCACAUCAACAGGUGUCGACUGGCUCGCGCAUGCCUGAGUUCUUCGGCCAGACCGUGUUCCAGACAGUCCUCCACAACCCAACCAUUGCUCACCAACUUCUCCGAUUUGCCCAGUCACGACUCUGUGGCGAGAACCUGGAGUUUUUGGACAGAGUCACCAAGUACCAGUCCCUCUUGGCAGAUGUCUCGAAAGCAGUGUAUGAGAUCCACAAAGAUUUCAUUGCCAGCAGUGCGCCAACGCAGAUUAAUGUGGCUGAGAGUGUCCUCCUGCAGGUGAACAAAGAAAUGAAGUCUGCCCUCACCAGCACCAUCCCGGCUAUGGAGGCAAUCUUCAGCACAGCUCAGACCGACAUUGAGAGACUAGUCUAUACUGACAUCUAUCCCAACUUUGUACGGUACCAGAUGAGUGUUAGUGCUGCCAAAGCGCUCGGAGGUGAUCGCGGCAAAUAUGCUGGACUGGGUGAUUGUUUUGUGCUAACUGAUCCUUCGCGCGCGGACAAUCCAAUCAUGUUCGCAUCGGACGGCUUCGUGAAAGUCACUGGCUACCAACGUAACGAGAUCAUACCUCGCAAUUGCCGCUUUCUACAAGGCCGACACACUGAACGAGCUGCUGUGAAACGUUUGAAAGACUCUAUUGACAAGCGGCAUGAAUCAGUGGAGCUUCUGCUCAAUCACAAGAAGAAUGGCGAGCCCUUCUAG